UUUUAGUUUAAUCAGUAAUAUACUGAAAUAAAGUGAUGCCAUUCCGUUUCAACAGCAAAGAUUUAAGUGUUGCAGCAAUACAAAACUCAAGUUUGUUUGUUAAAGAAGGUGUUUUGUUGUUCAAGGAAAAAGAGAGCAAGCGUUUUAACAAAGUUGAAAAUAUCCCUGAAAGAUUUGUUAGGCUGCGUGGAAAUUUACUAUUCUAUUUUAAAAAUAAAGAAAAGAAUUCAGAAUGCUUAGGUGUAAUAGUGUUGGAAAGAUUUAAUGUUGUCGAAGAAAAUUCUUUUUCAGACUGUGGUUUUACCAUUGAAUUUGAAGAAUCUGAAGAACAGAAAUAUGAGUUUGGAACAACAACUAAGGAAGAUUUAAAUGAAUGGAUAGACCUGCUAAAGUCUGCAAGCUACGAGAAACUCUAUCAGACUAUGCUUAAGUUACAGCAGGAGAUACUAGAGAAAACCGGCCAGGAUCCGUUGCCAGACUAUCAUCCAAGAGUAGGAAAUAAAACAAUAGAUGUGAACAGUCAAAGGGUACAUACAUCAAGUUUAACAGAAAGCGACUAUGACAACGCUUUUAUGGAAAUCUGUUUAGCUUGUGCAAACCUGGCACCUCAAAAUGAACCACCGCCAGCUACAAUGGUGAAGAUAUUUACCAUGGAGCCUCCUUCAUUUGAAUGGUUCAAGUAUUCUCAAACUGAAGUUUGUGAGGAAUCUCAUGAGCCCAAUUUUUUUAAAACAAUAACACUGGGAUCAAAGCUUCAGCUUUCAACUCGACUGAAAUUUGUUAUCUUUAGUGUUACAAGUAAAUCAAAAAAUGAUGUUGAAGCUAUUGGAAGUGCUGUCUGUACUAUUAAAGAUAUUAAAGAAGCUAAAAAUUGUCAAAUGACCCUGAGCAUAAUGAAUCUUGAUAAAGUUGUUGGCAAUAUUAUUAUUCAAGGCUGGUUGAGAGAAAAUGGUUUUUAUGACAUCACAUUAAAAAGCCUUAGAGUUGGACAUCCUAAAACUUAUAUUGCAAAUGUUAUCCAAAAAAGUUUCUUUGCUCCUACAAGGAAUGGAAGUGGUUUCAAAUUUCAAGAGUUUUUAGCAGAAAGCAGCCUUUGUUUUAAAAUACCUUGCAUGUUGCUAAAACUUUAUAUUUCUGAAGAAAAAGAAACAGUUUUACAGUUGCAUGCAUUUGGUCAGCUUCACCCUGAAUGGGAAAAAUUAAAGAAAGAUGUUGUCCAAUACAACUAUUUUGAUUUAAUCCAACGCUAUUCAAAUAGUUUGGCUGAUUUAUGUCAAUAUGAAGGUGUCAAUUUCAAGAGUAGUUCAGAUAAGGCAAAAAAGGAAUUAGAAUUUAUACCAACUAAUCUACAUGUUCAUAGUCUCUGUGUCACGGAAGAUAAUGAUAAAGAGUUUUUUUACGAUUUCAUUACUGUUGGUGCUCCUACGGCUCAUUAUUUAAAAUACAAAAUGGGUGGUUUAAAAAGAAUGAUAGAAAACAAUGAUGAAAAUAUCCGUAAAGUUCUUGAAGGAUGUGGUCCAAAUGAAAAAAGAAUGGCAAAUUAUAUAAAAGCUGUCCACUCUAUUGAUAACUUAAAAAAGUUAAAAGAUGGCAUUACACGUCAAAUAAAUAUUUUAAAGUCCAUUGUUGAAUCAGAUAAAGAAAAUCAAGACCAAUUCAAAAGUUGUCGUUCUUUACUUUCUGCUAAGAUUGGUGAAUUACUUGGUUUAAAUUCAACUUCGUUUGUGCAAGAGUCUUUUAGUUAUCUUUUAAAAGCAAGAACUUAUGGACCAGAAUUACGUGUCAAAUCAAUGACAAUAUCUAAUAAUAUUGACGACCCAUCAUCAAGUGAAAUUAAAUGGGAAUGGUCUGGCACUGAAUUUAAACCAGUAAAUAAAUUAUUAAAUUCUGAAGAUCAAGUUCUUGAAAUAUUAAAAAAAUUUCAAUCAGCUAUUAAUUCGGGUAUUAGUUCUGAAAUAAAUACCUUUUGCAAACAACUUGAUACAAUCAGUUCAUAUGCCCUCUCACUAAUAAACAAAAUAAAUGUUACAAUGAGGUUUAUUCAAAUGCAGGGCGAAGCACUAAACAGUGGUCUUGUUGAGUUUCGCUAUCGAAGAGACAUAGUUUUUUCUCAAACACUGACUUCGGUAGUUGCAGGUUUUGUGGUGAUGUUAUCACAACAAAUCCAUAACUCACAAUUUCUUGAUCAACUUUUAAGAGUUGGACUUUUAGUUCACUUUGAGAGUCUUCUUACAACUUAUGGAGAAGAAAUGGGGAUGAUUGAAGAUAUGUAUGUUGGAGUGUCUGACCUUAAGGAGGUUAAGUUCAAGAUUGUUUACUCAGAUUCCAAUUCAUAUCCGAUUGUUAGUGGAAAUAGAUCAGGCAUUGUUGUUGAAUUUCCAUUAAAAAGCAAACACUUCAAACUGCUACCAAGAGACUUGCAAGAUGGCUGUACAAUUAAAUUGUUCCCUGUGAUGUUUAGCAUUGGAAUUAAUGAAUCUGCGACUUUGGCUGAAAAGUUUGGCGACACUUCAUUGCAAGAAGUUAUAAAUAGUGAAAGUUGCAUCUCAUUACAGAAUUACUUCCAUUCAUUUAUGGGUUAUUAUCCAGACUAUGUUGGAAGUCGAUGUUCUGUGGCUCUGCCUUUAGAAAAGGUACUGAACAAUCUUAUUAAUGUAUCAAACCAAAGAAAAAGCAAAAAUUAUGAAGUACUUCUUUUAUCAGAAGAGUUAUGUUUGCGCAUGAAUGGUUUACGAUUAACAUGUUGUAAAAGUGCUAAAGAUAGAACAGCUAUGUCUAUUACAUUAGAAAUUGUUAAAAUACUUGAAAGAGAGCAUAAUAUGAGAGAAGAUGUGUUCAACAAAGUUUUAAAUAGUGUCCGAAGUCAAGGUGUUCGUCUCAUCAAUUCGUACAAGAAUGUUGGAUUAGCAAAAUAUGCUUUUAAUAAGGUUCAAGUUAGAGCACUUCCUGUUGUUUACAGACCACCUGAAGGAACUAUUGGAAAGUAUUUGCAAACAUAAAUUUUUUAAAUUAUCUGAUUUGAUGUUAUCAUUUGGAGCUCAUUUUUAUUACUUGAGAAGAAUUAAAAUGUAUAAGUACAAAAGAUUCACAAAGUUGAAAUCUGUUGCUGCAAAGAAUAUUUAUUAUAAAUGUUGUGUAUUAUAUAAUAGAGAAAUUAUUGUUUAAUACUAGAGUUUUUGGGGCUAUCACUAUUUUGAGUUUUUAUAUUUUAAAUAUAUUGUUGUUGUUGUGGAGCAUGUUUAUUUUGGAUCUUGUUUGUCAAUCUGAUGAUUGCUAUGUGAAUGAAAUUUUAAAGAGUUUUAAUAGGUUUCUAUUAAUAAUAAAAUAAAUGAUUUAGUGAAUGAGCACUUUUAUAUCUUUUUUUAUCUCUUUGUAAAUAUCUUGAAUAACAAUAAUGAUCUUGUGCAAUUUUUUAUUUUAUCUUUUUUGUAUCGUUUUUUUGUACUGAUGAUUAAAUUUUUUAAAAAAAAAUUUUUUUUAGUUA